AGCGUGGAGUCAUGGAGCAGCGUCGCACAUUUGUUGUGUUUCGGCUGAAGGACAUUUUCUAGAAGCUGUUGCUAUCCAUGUGAUAUUGUUAUGAAGAUGUCGUUAAUUAAAGAAGAGGGAGAGGACAAGAGGAUUGAAGAAACAUUGCGUGGGAAACAUGAAGAUACUGAGACACCAACAGUGUUUUGCUGUAGAUCUGAUGCUGUUGAAUAAGGACAGUGGAGUUCUGAAGGAAACUGAAGAGAAUGAUCAGCAUCUAAAGACGUUUAAUGAAGUUCACAUAAUGAUUCGCACUGAAGAGAGUCCCUUCGUCUGCCAACAGUGUGGAAACAAGUUCACUCAGAAAGGAAGUCUUAACAGACACCUGAGAGUUCACACUGGAGAGAAACCCUACACCUGCCCGGAGUGUGGAAAGAGUUUUGCUCAACACGGAAACCUCGAAGUCCACAUGGGCGUCCACAGCGAAGAAAAGCCGUACAGCUGCCAACAGUGCGGAAAGAGCUUCAACCGGAAGGGAAACCUUAAUUCCCACAUGAGAACUCACAGCGGAGAGAGCGUCUUCACCUGCCAACAGUGCGGACUAACUUUCACUUUAAGAGAAAGCCUCAGCAGACACAUGAGAAUUCACACCGGAGAGAAGCCCUUGUCAUGCCUACACUGUGGAAAGAGCUUCGAUCGACACGAAAACCUUCAAGCCCACAUGAGAAAUCACACAGAAGAGAAACCCUACUCGUGCUCUCAAUGUGGAAAGAGCUUCAGUCAGAAAGGACACUUUAAAGACCACAUGAGGAUCCAUUCUGGAGAGCAACUCUACACGUGUCCUCAGUGUCAGCGGGUCUUCAGUCAAAGGGGACACUUUGAAGACCACAUAAGGAUUCACACCGGAGAGAAGCCGUUCACGUGUCCACACUGCGGAAGACGUUUCAACCGAAGAGGAAUCCUCAAUAGACACAUGAGGACUCACACUGGAGAGGAGCCGUUCAUAUGCGGCCACUGUGGGAAGAGCUUCAGAUAUAAAGUGACCCUCAAGUACCACAUGAGGACUCACACAUAAGAGAACUGAUUCUGUGUCUUCAUUGUCCAAAGAGUUUUAUAUAAUACCUUAAUAUAGACCAAGGGUGCCCAAUCUCAGUUCUGAAGGGCCGGUGUCCUACAUAUUAUAGUUCCAACCACAGCUGAACCUGCUAAUCGAGCUCUUUCUAGGUAUACUAAAAACUUCCAGGUAGGUGUGCUGAAGCAAGUUGGAGCUAAACGAUGCAGGACACCGGCCUUCUAGGACAGAGUUUGGCCAUUCCUGAUAUAGACAGUUUCAGUGUGUUGGGGUCAUUGGCCCAUGAACAUUUCCUGCUUGUUCUUAAACUGUUUCAUAACUGUGACAAGUGGAUUCAAUCAUAACCUGAUAUUAAAUCAGCUAUUAUAACAUUAUCAAUAUGUGAACCUUUCAGGAUUCUCAGAAGUUAUAUGGAAAUUGCAAAACAGGAAAUGCAUUAGGGCCAUUGUAAUUGCUUACAUCCCUCAAAAUGGUCUAGAACUGAAUAUUACAUUAUAACGAUGCAUCAAGACAAGGGCUUACGUGUCAUUAUUGUGGAAAAUGUUGCAGAUACAAAGCAAGCCUUGAAGUUCACAUAAGUCUACAAGAUUUAUAUUUACCUUUUGGUGAAAAAUAAAUGCGGUGAAAGAUUUGUAAAAGCAUCUGAUGUUAAGGUGUUUGUUCCAGUCUUCAGUUCAGCACUCCACUCACAUAAAUUCUGCUUAAUUUAAGAAGACAUUGAAACAAUUGAUUGCUUUAAAGGAUGUAGCUUUAAGACUCGUGACACCAGGACGAAGUUUGAUUGCGCUUACUGUUAGCAUUUUUUGACAUGUGUUUUGGCAUGCCAAGUGGUUUUCAUUGGCGAUGAGCAGAUUGAAGGUGCAAAAUCACUCUUUGACAUUGGAUGGUGCUUAAUGAAAAUUAAACUAAAUUAAAUUCA